AUGGGAGAUUCCCUGGCUAGCACCGCAGGGAGAAGCCCGGAGAUGUAUUGUAAGGACACUCAGACAGAACUUGCCGAGAGAGUAGCCGCUAUUGAUGUUGCUGUGGGCCCUGACGUCGUGACCCAAAACGGUCAGGAAACGGUGAACGAGACUGAAACUGUGCGUUCGAAGAAUGCUACUAACCACCAAAGGAAUGGGGUCAGCAUUGAACUGGGAUCGUCUGAAGAACGGGACGGGGCCCACGAACUGACAGCGCCCAAGAGAGUCCACACGAGGCCCAUGCUCUCCGGUAGGAAGUAUUCCCUUCAAGAAAGGCCCACGGGGAAUUACUUGACUUCUCCCGACCCCCAAGGCUUUGGUCCUUACGACACAGGGCCUUCCACGCACAUCUCCCCGCGGACCGUGAGGAGGCCGACAAUAGAGUCCCAUCGAGUCUCCAUCUCUGAUGCUGCGGAUUGCGUGCAGUUGAACCAAUACAAGCUGAAAAGCGAAAUAGGAAAGGGCUCUUACGGUGUUGUGAAGCUGGCCUACAACGAGAGCGAUGACCAAUAUUACGCCAUGAAAGUCCUCUCCAAAAAGAAGUUAUUGAAGCAAUAUGGAUUUCCACGUCGGCCUCCUCCUCGGGGAUCGAAAGCUGCUGCUGGCGGGCAAGCAAAACCGAUGGCCCCUCUGGAGCGGAUUUAUCAGGAAAUAGCCAUCCUAAAGAAACUGUACCAUAUCAACAUUGUCAAACUUAUUGAGGUUUUGGACGAUCCUGCCGAAGACAAUCUGUACAUGGUAUUCGACCUCCUGCGACAGGGGCCUGUCAUGGAGGUACCGUGUGACUCGCCUUUCACCGAAGAGCAGGCUCGGCUCUACUUCAGGGAUAUCGUCUUGGGCAUUGAAUAUUUGCAUUACCAGAAGAUCAUCCACCGGGACAUCAAGCCUUCCAACUUGCUUUUGGGAGAUGACGGACAUGUCAAGAUAGCUGAUUUUGGCGUGAGCAAUCAGUUUGAAGGGAGCGAUGCCCAGCUGUCCAGCACAGCGGGGACCCCGGCCUUCAUGGCCCCUGAAGCUCUUUCGGACACUGGGAAGAGCUUCAGUGGAAAGGCGCUUGAUGUCUGGGCCAUGGGUAUCACUCUGUACUGCUUCGUAUAUGGACAGUGUCCUUUUAUCGAUGAGUUCAUCCUAGCACUACACAACAAGAUCAAGAACAAGCCAGUGGAAUUCCCUGAACAGCCCCAGGUCAGCGAGGAGCUCAAAGAUCUGAUUCUGAAGAUGCUGGAUAAAAACCCCGAAACCAGGAUAACAAUUCCUGAAAUUAAGUUACAUCCUUGGGUGACCAAGUUUGGAGAAGACCCUCUGCCUUUAGAGGAGGAACAUUGCACCGUCGUGGAGGUAACGGAAGAAGAAAUCAAGAACUCCGUGAAGACAAUCCCUAGUUUGCCUGCUGUGAUUUUAGUGAAAGCCAUGCUGAGGAAACGAUCAUUCGGCAACCCCUAUGAGGCUCAAGCUAGACGGGAAGAGAGAUCUAUGUCGGCUCCGGGAGACUUAUUGAUAAAGCAAGUAAGCAGAGAAGCGAUAAAAGAUCCGGAACUCCCAGACGUGCAUGAAGACGAGACAACUUAG